AUGACAGAGAGUCAUGACGAUCAUGAAAAAAUGAACAUCACGCAGCAGCUUGAGGAAAAUCUCGGAGAAAUUGAAGAAGUAUCUGGUUACAUUCGAGUGUACGGUUCAGAUACCCUUUUUUCUCUCAAUUUCCUCAAGAAUCUUAGACACAUUCGUGGAAAAGAGAAAAUGCACGGCCUGUACGCCCUGUACGUGUUGGAAAAUGCCAAUCUACAAGAGCUUUGGGACUGGCGGCAACGGUCGGACGUCUUGUACAUCCACAGUGGAUCUCUGUUUUUCCAUUACAAUCCAAGCCUUUGUCCCCUUCUCAUUCAAGAGCUGGUAGCCAUGACCUCAGCAAAAAACCAAAAAUAUGCUAAUAUCUCCAAUACAUCCAAUGGAAACAGUAUCCCAUGUAAGUGA